UGAAAGCCUCGCCAUGGCACCUGGUUUUCCUUAUACACACCUCGUUAAAAAUGGUAUGGUAUUCGUAUCCUCAAUCUCCACCUCCAUCCGCCACUACAAUACUUCCCUUUUUUCCGCCCGUGACGGUUUGCUGCCAAUACUUCCCUUUUCGCAUCCCAAUUCCGCCGGAGGAGGAGAAAGAGAUCCCUUUUCACCCUCUUCUCUUUUGAGGAAUCGAAAGUGAAUACCUUUGGCAACUUUAUGUGUGUUUUGUGCAUAAACCUCCGUCUCCGAUCCACCCAAACGCGGGCUGUUCACGUUUGUUCCAGUUUUCGCGCUGUGGCAUUCCGUGACCCCGUAAAGUUCGGCUUUUGAUCGCGUCCGGGGUUUCGGAGGAGGCUGUGCCAGUGGCAGAAAAAUCCGACGCUGGCUCCGAUGCCGAGUGCCGUGCAGAGGCUGUUUGAUACCUGCAAGGAGGUGUUUGCUGAUGUCGGAUCAGGGGCCGUCCCGUCGCCGGCUGAUGUGGAGCGCCUUCGAUCCGCCCUGGAUACUUUAAAGCCACAAGAUGUUGGUCUAAGUCGCAACCUACCCCUUUUCAAGCAUGCCUCAACAAAUAGACCUCCUGCUGUAACAUAUUUGCACCUUUCCGCAUUCCCCAAUUUUUCGAUUGGUAUUUUUUGCCUCCCACGAACAGCAGUCAUCCCGCUACAUAAUCACCCGGGCAUGACUGUUUUUAGUAAAAUUCUUGUUGGUUCCAUGCAUAUUAAGUCCUACGAUUGGGUUACUGAUCCUCAGAGUCCCAACGAAAAAAUCAUGUCCCCAAGUGGUGCAUGCUUGGCAAAGGUGAACACUGAUGCCGUCUUCAAGGCACCUUGUGAGACAUCCGUUUUAUACCCUACUACUGGGGGUAACAUACAUCGUUUCACUGCAGUGACCCCUUGUGCAGUUCUUGAUGUCCUUGGACCACCAUACAAUGACAAUGAAGGAAGAGCCUGCACUUAUUACAAAGAGCACGCAUACUUGAGUUUUCCUGUUGCUGCAGUUCUAGGGGCAGGCGAUGGUGACUACGUGUGGCUGGAAGCUAUGGCGAGUGAACCCGAAGAACUCGUCGUACGCGGUAGCCAAUACACAGGACCAGAAAUUGUAGACUGCUGACCUCUUAAAAUGCCAUGAUGCUGCAAAUUUUGCAGAAAAGCAAACAAGACUCGCUGGGUUGCAUGUAGAUACACAGAAAGCAAAGGAAUUUGAGGCAAUAAAAGGGACAUGAGUAAGGGUGCCUUCUCUAUUCAAAAAGUCUUUGGUUUCUUCGAUAGAUCUUGAACAUAAAAACACAUCCACAAUGUGCCUUCAAGUUUGUUUAUAGCCAAUUUGCUUUUAUAUAGAAUUUCUCCAUUCGCCUUUUCGAUACUGAGUAGCGGACAGUCCUGGGAAUUUAAGAUUAGUUUGCUACUGCCAUUUUGGCAUAGCCAUUGAUUUUAACAGGAGGAGUUCUAUUUCUCUAAUCACUUGUAUCCAUGACAUAUUUCAUGGUUUCUAAAACAACCAAGUGUGGUGCUAGAAAUGUAGAUUGUUAUGUGCAGAAUUCAGGUCAUAU